UUUCUUGCGCCUCUUUAUCUAGUAUCGACAGCAACGGCUUCUUCAUCUCCUCCCAAGCAUCUGGAUUUAGCUAUCAUGGCCAAACUUGGUCGACGAGUUCCGGGAAGAAUAGGCGAGCGGGUUUCCCGAGGGAGGGCCCCGCCCCUUACGACUACUUAAUGAGGAUGUCCAGAACCAGGCUGGACAUUCGACGCACCGGAGUUCCCUUCGGUUGCGGCAUAUUCAACGGCAUCAUCAUCGGGUCUUAUCAAACGGCGGGCAACGGCGGGUGUCUUGCCGGCUUUUCACAUCUCUUGAUUCAUUUGUUACCAGCUUUCAUGGUUGCAUGGUGUUCCCGGACGGAGAAUCACGGCUUGUUUUUUUAUCUCGAUUUUCUUCCCUUCUCCCCCGGGGCUUUCCCGAACAUUGCAUUUGCAAGUGGCUGCGAGGUGGGGCCAAAAAGGGGUCGAGGGGCAAAGAGCCAGGCCGAGGCCGGCAGGUUGCAUGGAACAACAGAACGCAGGAGGGUCCCAAAAAUUGGCGAGUCAAUAAAAGGGCUGGUUGGGCAAUCCCUCAGUGGUGAGGCGGGGGUUCAAAACGCGCCUAGAUGACACUGCAGACUGUGUGCAUAUCGCUGCGGGUCGGUGGCUCUGAGUGAAGGGACGGGAGAGGGAGACGCGCUCCUUGGUUUCUCGCACCGGCUAUGGGCGGCUGCCGGCGACGACUUGGGAGGAGCGGUCAACGGCAUGCAUGUAUCAAAUGGCUGGUAAUUAUUGGCUUGGGAAGGCUAUGGGAUGGGAUUUAGGGGGUGGUAGGGGACGAAUGAAUUAUUUUGCCUCUCCGUGGCACUCAAAAACCGGUUCCUG